UUUUUUUUUUUUUUUUUUAUAUUUCAUAAUGUCAUGUCAACGACCAGUGUCAUUUCCUAUUAGUUUGUCCAGUUCAUCUUCUUCCAUCAGUAGAACGACAGGACCAUUGUCAGGGGCAAGGUGGCGGAAACAUUUGAUUCGAUUAUCAAAGAAAUGGAUACCACCUUCUUCAAAACACUACUCUAGAUCUGGUACAGUAGCAGCAGCGGCAACAGAAAAGUUCAUACGACGACCUCAAGCGACUGUUCAAACUGAAGAUCUUACAGCAAGUCAAUUUGCAUUUAUGGCUGGUAUUAAAAUCAAGCGUGGAAGAAAUCAUCAAGAUAAGAUCGAUGAUUAUAGUGACUUUAAAUUAUCUAACAUCAACAUGACCAAUGAUGAUAUUCAUUAUGAAGAAUCCGAUGAUGAUACUGAUGAUGAUGAUGAUGACGAUGAUGGGAUGCAACCUUUGACUUUAGAUGAUAGUCAAUUACGACACCUGACAACUAAAGUGACAAACUCCCAGCAUGGAUCAGUGCCUUGUAUGACAUCAUAUUCUUCAACACGAUGUCCUAUAUGGGAUUCCCGUUUUUGGCAGCGAGAAAAUCAACAAAAACAAAAACAACAUCAAAAGAAAAAGGAUAUAUAUGAAAAGCCUCCAUCUACCACUGACAAAUGUUCGGAUGUAUCAACAAAUGAUACUUUGUCAUCGUCAGCGUCUACUCUUAAUACUUGUCAUUCUAACAACCUUCCUACAAAACCUCGUGUUAUUCUCAAAGGCCGAUUCAAAAUUGUCAUGGGUGACAGCAAAGAUGAACAACUGGCAAGUGAACCUUUGGUCCGGACGAUAUCUACUGAAUCAAGUAAUGUAGUGGAAUGGCGUAGAAAAAGAACAGCAACUCAAUGAUCACUCCCUUCUUCUUCCCCUUAUUACUAUUAUUAUUGUUACUAUUACUACUUUAUUAUUCUUGUCUUUUUUUUUUAUUGUUAUUAUUGUUACAUAUCUUUUUUUUUUUUUUCCUUCUGUAUAUCUCUCUCUCUCUCACACCUGCCUUACUACAACAUGAUACCCCAUGAUUGGAUCCAUCUCCACUUCACUCUUUUUUUUUCUUUUUGAUUAUUUAGUUUUUGCAAACGUUUUUUUAUGAUCUGACUAGU